UUCCUCUGGCGUCACUUCCCGCGCGGCCUCGCUUCCGUUUCUCUCCCCAGUCCUGUCGUCUCCUUCCGCCUGGCCGUUUCCAGGGUAACUAGCCGCGCCGGUCGGAGACUCCUGUCGCCCGCCUCCCAGUGGGGGAGUCAGACCGGCCCCCGCCCGGCCCUAAUUUUGUGGGAUUGAUUGGAGUCAGACAAUGUCCACUCCUCCUCUCGCUGGGGCAGGGAUGCCUCCUGGUGCUUUCUCAGGACCACAGGCUCAAGCAGCCCGGGAAGUGAACACAGCUUCUCUCUGUCGCAUUGGCCAAGAAACUGUGCAGGAUAUUGUAUUUCGGACAAUGGAAAUCUUUCAGCUACUGCGGAAUAUGCAGCUACCAAAUGGUGUUACUUAUCAUACUGGGACGUACCAAGACAGAUUAGCAAAGCUGCAAGAACAUCUCCGUCAGCUAUCAAUACUCUUCAGGAAACUGAGAUUAGUCUAUGACAAAUGCAAUGAAAACUGUGCAGGGCUAGAUCCUGUUCCCAUAGAGCAACUUAUUCCAUAUGUUGAAGACGAUGGAUCCAAGCAUGAUGAUCGUGGUGUUGCCAGCCAGCUUCGUUUUGCUAGUGAAGAAAGAAGGGAAAUCAUGGAAGUAAAUAAGAAGAGGACACACUUAAAACAAAGAUGCAUCAUCUGGAUCUUAUUUUACCAUACUUCCUACGCUCUUACCCUUUGUUUCAAGAGUGACCAAACUUUGACAAGAUGGACCACACCAUGCCUGCAAGAAGUACUGCAAGGGGGGACCUAACAAUUUCUUGGAGGACAGUUUGCUGAGGGACAUAGCAAAAAAACCAGUUAAACGUGGUUGGUGGCAUUCAUGGAGCAGCUGCGAUGGUGGUACACUGCUGACUGGUGGGAUUACAUCGUAAUGCAGGUUUGGAAUGAUGAGCAGGGGCUGCACAGCUUUCGGAUGCGAAAAGCCACAUUCCUUGAUCUGCCUGCCAAGCUCACUCCAGCCCUGCAGAAUAGGGACACCACAACGAGACCCACACUGACUGUAGAGAAGUGAGUGGCGAUCACACUCUGGAAGCUUGCAACACUCGAUUGCUACCAGUCAGUGGAAAAUAAUUUUGGAAUUGGAAAAUUGACAGUGGAGGGUCUUGUCAUGCAGAUGUGUAAGACCAUUAAUCAUCACUUGCUAAGCAGAACUGUGACUCUCUGCAAUGGAUGAAUUUGCAGCAGUGGGAUUCCCAAACUGCAGUGGGUGAUAUAUGGCAUGCACACAGCUAUUUUGGCAUCAGUACAACUUGUCACAGAGUACGUCAACAGAAAGGGCUGCUCUUCUAAGGAUGUGCAAGCACUGAUGGAUCACCAGGGAUACUUCACUGGUGUCAGUGUGGGCUGGUCAGGGAAGGUGCAUGAUUCUUGCAUCUUUAAGAACACAGAACCGUUCAGAAAGUUGCAAGCAAGGACAUUACUUGCCAGUUGACAGAUUACCAUUGGUGAUAUUGAAAUCACAAUAGUGAUUCUGGAGUAUCCAGCCUACCCUUUGCUCCUUUGACUCAUGAAGCCAUAUUCAGGCCACCUUGACAGCACCAAGGAAAGAAUCAAUUACCAGCUCAGCAGGCGCAGAACGAUUGUUAGUGGUUUUGGUAGAUUGAAGGAGUGCUGGCAAUGUUUACUUACUAGAAUGGAUCUCAGUGAGGAAAAAUAUCCAUAUAGUUAUAGUUGUCUCUUGUUUCCUGCAUAAUAUCUGUGAGGCAAAGGAGGAAAAGCUGUGGCUAGGGUGGAAGGCAUAGGUGGAGCAGCUGUCUGUUGACUUUGAACAGCCAGACACAAGGUCUGUUAUAAGAGCUCACCAUUGAGCUAUGUAGUUGAGGGAGGCUUUGAAAAGGCAUUUGCAUGGUCAUCCACAGUAAUGUUCAUGCUGGGCUGUUCUCCGGACCUGGAGCACUGGGUGCUGCUAGGAGUUGUGUAAUGAUUGCUGUACAUUUACAUGUAUUGUGUGCUCUGAGUAAUGUUGUGUAUUUUGCAAUAUGUGUUGUGAACUAAUAAAGAUAAUUGUGUUCUCCAAAAA